AUGGCCGUCAGGUCGCCGGUGUCUGUUCUACCGUUCCGCGACUCGAGCGCGUCCUACCACUCUUUGGUGCCAAUGUCUCUGAAUGGAUCAGUCCACGGGUCAGUGAACGGGUCGGCCACCGAAGAACAUGAGGGCAAUGAUGGCUCCCGCUUCCCUGAGACCAACAACUCGGUCGAAGAUGAAGACGACGCAGAAGAGACAGAUUGCGAAGGCUCUCCAAUACGUGCGGGGGCACCCCCGCAGCCAGAACUCACGAUCCAAACCGCCUGCUCCAAUCUGGUCGGACCCAACACAAGAUCGGACGAAGACGAAGCACCACAGUCUGUGAUCCAUGCUCCGCCCGGAUUCCAUGAUUUUGCGCCAAUGCAGACCACCUUCGAGGGAAUAGAAAACUCACAAUCGCCAUCAAUUAGCUCGGAGGAGCAAACUGAUACACUGAGCCUGACAGCGCGGACGAAAAAGGUAGCUAGGGUACAAGUCGUUGCGACGACAUCUGCUGAUCAUUUCAUACAGUUCAGCAGCAGCCCAAUAUCACCCCCACCAUUGACCACGUCCCUUAGUCUGGGCAGCGACUGUCCCGAGCGAGCAACGCCUCGCGCGCAAACAAGACAUGAAUUUGAAGAAUCCGAGCGACGCACUCGUUCAAGCAGCUUAGAAGGACUGACCAGCAAAGAAGCUGAAAUAAAGGCCCUGAGAGAUGCAUUGGAUGAAUGUUGGACACUAUGCAACACACUGGCCAAUCUCAGUUACAUCCAUCGAGAGCGUAUGCUCAAAUCCCACAAUGAUGACAUGCAAGAGGAUGCAUGGCGAUCAUGCUGGAGACUAUGCCAAAAGCUCUAUGACACACGCGACGAUGACUAUGCUACGCAAAUCCACCCUACUCUAGAUCUCUGUCGAGACUUCUGCCAGGCGCUAUUCGAAGCUCGAACCCGCGAUACCGAUGUCUCCGACUCGGUUUUACGGGUGAGCUUUGAACUGAACAACCAUUUAUACAACACCCAUGAUCGUAACCUCCCAGACGCGUUCCGCGAAAGAACAUUGGAUUUCUAUAUCACCCUGUGCCACCGGCUCAUGAAGCAGCGCACCCGUAUCACAGAGACAGACUCUCUACUCAGUUCCUGUUGGACACUAGCCGAAAUGCUGUUCAGUAUUCGACAGAGUAAGAGAGAGGGGAAGUCGCUGGACGAGGACCUGUUGGGUUCCGCGGUCCAAGCGUGCUGGGAGCUCUGCGAUCUUUUCCGGGAAGGAUGGACACAACAUAAUCUACGCAACUCGGACCGAGGCACGCCCCGCCCCAGUCAGACUACAUUCUCACAGGCAUUCUACCAAGCCUCCCAGCAGUCAGAAUUGGAUUUCGGCGACGAUCUAUUAAGUCAGCUUGGUAACCCAGAAACACCCACCACCAUUUUUGAAGAUACGGCAACCAUCUCACCGGACGAGGGUCCGAUCCCCAACAUAUUUGUCUUAGGAUACGAUAAGAAGCAUGGUACGCACAACAAGUGGUCAUCCAACGCUUCUAGUAUAUCGGAAAAGUCGAGAUCAUCAAGUCACACAGCUUCGUCCGCCAAUACCGUGACUACCAUAUCCGAGGAUCCAAAUCUCACACGAUUGAAGAUCCUGAUCACGAGAGCGGCCAUCAACGGUGGAUUCCAACGUGGGGGGAACCAAAAUCUCUCAUCAUUUGUCAAAUCCCUUCCUUCAGACGCAUUCGGCUCUGCUCCGUGGCAAAUAUCUUUGUUGAAGAAUUAUAAAAAGGCAGUUUCCUUCGACCCGGCGUUCAGGAACGUCGGCUUGCAGGCUCGAGUUGGGGCCCUCGAUGUUGCGCAUGCUUGUCAGGCUAUGGUACAGAAUGGUCAGUAUUCUUGGCUUCGUGACCUCUACCGACUUGUCUUCGGGUUUCAUGUGGAGGAAGCGAUGGGUCGCAAGGGUGUGGUAAUUCAGACCUAG